AUGUGCUCAGCUACACCGUCCCGCGGGACGUCGGACUCGGCAGGCGCUAGUAUGCUAGGCCGGCGCGACGACGAGGAGACCGAGGGGCCCAAGGAGCCAAAGCCCGAAAAGCCCGAGCCCAAACAGCCGAAGCCCGAAAAGCCGGAGCCCAAAGAGCCCAAGCCCGAGAAGCCUGAGCCGAAGAAACCCGAGCCAAAGAAGCCUGAACCAAAAGAGCCCAAGGAGCCCAAAUCGCCAGCGGCGCCUCUCCCGUACCCCAAGCCCGCCCCAGUCCCAGUCCCGGUCUCGGUCCCGUACCCCAAGGCUGCUCCCGUUCCGGUUCCGGUCCCGUAUCCCGUCCCGGGAAAGCCCGUGCCCGUCCCUCCGCCUGUGCCGGCGCCAGGGUAUGGCCCGAAGGGUCCCGGCAAGGGAGGUCCUGGCAAGGAGGAUGGCGACGAGGAGGACGCUCUGACCUCCCAAACUUGA